AUGGAAGCACCGGAUGCUCAAACAGAUCCGAAGUAUAUAGAAAAGAAACGAGAAGAAUUGCGUAUUUUCUUCCACGAUGCUAAGCUACCUAAAGAGAUGAUUGAAAAAGCUAUUGAAAAUGAGCUGAAGCCGCUAAUUGUGGGUUCAAACAGACCCUAUAUAGCGGCAUCUUGCCCUGGUGAAGUUAAAACUGAGCAAGAAGUAAUGGCAGGCCAACCUUUUACCAAAAUAGAUGACCAUAACAAGCCCUUAACCGAAGAAGACAUAAAGGAGAUGUUCAAAGACAACCCUAUCAUAGCGGAGAAAGCGCGCCAAAUUCAGAUUAUGGCCCAGAACGAUAGUUUUAAUAAACAGAUAGCUAUACCUCUGGACGAAAUAAACGUAGCGGAUUACCAUGCCAUGAGAAAAGAGUUAGAUGCUGCAAAAGGCGACAAAGAGGCAAUUAACAAAUUAAAUUACAAACAUAUGCUCUCAUUAAUGACAUCUGUCUCUGACUACAAGAAGAAAUGUGCAAGAAAGAGUGAUGAAUCAGUUUCAGAGAAAAGCGAACGUGUUGAGUCUGACAGUGAUGAAAAAGAAUAUGAUGCGAUAGAAAAAGUUGUCAGUCAGUACACCACUAAGUCAUAUGAAACCCGAUUUCAAGAAACUAAGGAUAUGCUGGGAAAGAUGGCCGACAACUAUGAUGAAGCAGAAUCAUCACAAGGUGCUAACCUUAAACAACCGAUAGCAAUAGUUGAAAACCAGGUGUUAAAAGAUUCGUCUACACAGCUGAUAAAAGGGCAAAGGAGGCGCUCCCAGUUUGCUGAAGUAAAAGAAAAAUAUGCUAUUAAUGAAGCUAUGAAUAUUCCACUAAAAGAUAAUCCUGUCACCCCAGAUCUCAGUGGCAAGUGUAAAAGAAAACCAGUAAAACCGAAACAAAUCGAUGAAGAGAACAUUGAGGUGGAAGAUGUAUUUCCAAAGAAUUUUGAAGCCAAGCUCAAAGAUACUGAGAAGGCGUUACGUGAAAUAAAUUCUGUUUUAAAUAAUUCACUUACACCAUCACCCGCAUUGAACGAGGGAUCGAAAAACACUGAAGAAAGAAAUAAGAUAGACAUCAGAGAAAUAUCAUCAGAGCUUACAAACGAAAAUGAGGCACAACCACAAAACUUUACCGCCGAGAUGGAACAAACGUUACAAAAUAACUUGGAAAAUAUAUUUGAGUCGAGCAAUGAAGGAAAGCCUGAAAAUAAUGAAAUGGAAUUUAAGGAGAUGAAAAGUUUAGCCAGAAAUAUCGUUGAAGGUGCUGAAAAUCUAAGCACUCUUAUACGUGAGGAUAUAACAAAUAAGUUGAACAGUAUGAACGAAUUGUUGAACGAUGUUAAUGAAGCAUUGGAAAAUUCAAGAAAGUCAAAUAUAGCUUAUGAAAAAAUAAAAGAAGAGGGAGAAAUACUUAAGAAUGAGAUGAAAAUUGAUCGACCAAAAGAGGAGACUCAAGAAGAAGACAACCCUCCGGAAAUUAUUUCUGACCCACAAAUGGAUAGCAUUCAUGAUGCAAUAAACAAACUGAACUCUGAAUUAAAACAUCACGAACAUAGAAUUAACGAAAGCAAAGCUAGAUAUGAAAAGCGAAACUCUGAAUGUAGAACGUUCAUUAAAGAAGUUGAUGAAAUUUUACUGAAAUCUCAGGAAAUUCUGCAUCCCAUGAAGAAAAGGAUGGAACAAGAAAUGAAAACUCAGAAACAGGAUGAGAACAAAAUUCCCGCGGAAUGUACGCCUCCGAACAAGUCUGAGGUUGAAAAAAACUCUGCUGAUGUUACCAAUGUGGACCAGACUGAAGAAAAUGUUGUAAGUUCACGAAAAGAACUCUGGGAUGUUGACUUUUCUUACCUUGACGAGAAAAACAAAAAAAUUGCUGAAUCGCAAAAACAAGAAGCUGAACGGAGCAAGAGGAUAAGCAAUCUACUUCAUGAUAUAAAAGACAACAUGAAAGAUAAUAAAGAAGUGUUAAGAUUAGCCAAUAACAUGCUGAGGAGAGAAGAGAUGCGGAAGAAGUCACUAUCGGAUAGUUCUGGGAAGAUACGCGAAUUACCUUCUGAAGAGAUAGAUACGAGGGCUCAAGGAGAUCACAUCGAGGCAGCAGAAGCGGAGUCUGAAGAUAGAAAAGAAAAGCAAGCAGAACGAAAGCAGAAGCGUGAGGACGCUGAGAAAGAGAGAUUGCGACAGAGGGAGUUUCAGCGGAAGGUGGAGAAAGAACUCGAAGAAAUGAACAAGACACCUCGCAUGACGAAGGAGUUCAUCAAGAAUCAUUGCCGGCAGCAUAAACUGUAUUGCACGCCAUAUCUCAACGAUAUUCUAUAUUUGCAUUUUAAGGGAUUCUCCAAAAUCGAAAAUCUAGAAGAAUAUACGGGCUUAAAAUGCAUAUUUUUGGAGAACAAUGGUAUACAGAGAAUUGAGGGGCUGGACACGCUGUCUGAGCUGAAGUGUUUGUAUCUACACAAUAACGUUUUGAGAAAGAUUGAGAAUUUGGAUGGCUGUCCUAAACUGGACACACUGAAUAUUGACCACAAUUUUGUUGGAAAGAUAGAAAAUCUUGAUGUUGUUCCUGAUUUACACACUUUGAGCAUUGCUCAUAAUAUGUUGAGUGGUGUGGAGGACCUGUUGCAUCUUAAGUAUUGCAGGAAUCUAUCAGUGCUGGACUUAUCAUACAAUCGCUUGGAAGAUCCUCUGAUAGUUGAUGUUCUUGCUGACAUGAUAAUAUUGAAAGUCCUGUGUCUAACCGGUAACCCGGUGGUUCGCAACAUUCCUGCCUACCGCAAGACCCUGACUCUUCGGCUGAAGGAGCUGCUCAACCUGGACAACAGGCCAGUGUUCCCCAGGGACCGCGCGUGCGCUGAAGCUUGGCAACGAGGUGGCGUGCAAGAGGAGAUUGCUGAGAGAAGACGCUGGAUCGCUAAGGAUCAAGAGAAGGUGAUGCAGAGUGUUAGAUACUUGAUAAAAAUGCGAGAUGAAAAAAAAGCUAUAAGAGAAGCCAGGGAAAAGGAAGACCAAGAUAAGAAAGAACUUAAGGACGAACAAACUCCCGAAGAAGUCAAACCGGAUAGUACAACUGAACCAAAAGAACCUGAUCUGCCAGAAGAUGAAGGUCCCUCAAUUCUGGAACAGAAGUUUGGACCAGUCGAGGUCAAGGUCAAGGACGGUGUCGCUGUGGAUAUGCUUUCUGGAUCUGAAGAAGAAGAUGACUCUACGAGCGAAGACAGUAGUGACGAUAGCGAUAAAAAGGAAGACGGUCCAGAGACUGGGAAUAUAGAGUGGUCGCAAAUUGACCGCAGCAAACGUUUGGUUCAAGAGAUCAAUGCCGAACCCCCACCACCACUUCCUGAUGACUACUGGUACGGAUAUGGAAAUGUCAAGCCCAAGAAUGAAAGAGCGGACAUUGUUUCCGAUUUCCAAGCAAUCAACAAUUUGCUAUUCAAUCAGCAACCGCACACUGGAAGAAAGGGAGUCACCAAGAUUUUGGAAGAUUCUAAAAACCGCAAAGGCAAUAUAAAAAUAACUGAAAUCGAUCACGACGAAGAAAAAUCUCCAGCUGUAGCUGAAAAGAAACCUUUGAUUGAAAUUAUAGACUCGCGUGAAAAUAAAGAUGCAGACAAAAAAGAAACUGAUGCAAGUGACAAAAACGCAAUCAUUGAAGAUGUCACAAAACCAGUUAAUCAAAUUAUAGAAAAAGCUAAUAGCAAUGAUAGCAAAGAAAAUAAUGAGCAACGAAAAGCAGAAGUCAAUCAAGAACUAAAUACAGAUGCAAUAGAUAAAGCGAAUACUAUAAUUGAUCACGAUAGAAAAACGAGCGCCGAAAAGCCUAGUACUAAUAAGAAAAUUCCAAUCAAAGAAAUUCCACUCGACAAAAAAGCUUCACCUCGUAAAACUGAAGAAAAUAAGGAAAGCGUUCAAAAGCAAGAUGAUAAGAGCAAGUCUCAGGAGGCAAACAAAGCUUCUACCAGUCAAGGCCAGGGAGAGAGAAGACCAAGCGCACAAGCAGAAGGUGAAGGAGUAGCUCUCAUUAACUACAUGCAUCGUAUGAAUAAAGAGGAAUAUGACGAUGAAGACUUAGAUCUGGAGCCUAGUGCUGAUGACCUUGAGAUAUUUGCUGAACUAGAACGAGAACAGGUUGAGCGACAGGCCAGGAUUGAUAGAGGAGAACCGGCUGUUGAUCCUAUGAAAUUAUACGACAAGAAAAUGAUGGAUGCUUACUACAAAGAAAAUGAAAGCUUGCCAGCUCACUUGGUUAAAGAAAAAACUAUGUAUACCACGUACCGCAAUGACAAUGCUUUCGAUCGCGUUGCUUUGAGUCAGUUGACGGCUGGAGAAAAACCGGAUGAAGCUAAAGUGAAAUUGACACAUGUGCCGGGCGCUGUGCUACUCGAGUAUGUGGAUCAAACACCCGUCACUGAUGUGCAGUAUGAGAUCGGAGAGGAAGACAUCGAAUCUCCCCCAUCAUCAGGUGAAACAGUUUCGAUAAACCUCUCAUCCGAUACGAGUGAUGAAGGAUCAAAGGAAGAAAUACCUUUUACAUUAACCAAAAAGCCCAGCAAUAGGCCAUCCACUGCAACUAAACCCAAACAAAGUCAGAAAGAGACUUCUAAAGGUACUGCGGCUUCUAAAGAUAAAGGAAAACAAAGCGCAAAGGAUAAAACUAGUACUGAAAAGAAAACUGUCGAUAAGAAAAAGGGGGCUGAAAAGGGUGGGAAUCGGAAACAAGAUAGAAAAUCCAUUGGGAAACGACAUGGAAAUCAAGAUAACGAAGGUUCUGCUUCAAGUGUCCCAGCAGAUGAAGCCACUCCUAGUGCAACUGAAGAUACAGGUGCAAGCUCAGCAUAUCCAAGUGGCAGUAGAACUUUGCCGUCAUCGUACGAUACCAUGAUCAACAUUGAUCGGAAAGAAGCUAAGAAGUCUAUUAUCAGCACUAUUAACUCUUAUGAAGAUAAAAGAUUCCCUUCACAAGGGGUAAAUGUGUCGAACAUGGUAGAAAACGCUCGUAUUGACCAGAACGUUGCUUCCGAGAUACUGGAUCGUACGCUACAGUAUGAAGAGCGAGAGUUGUACCGACAAUAUGACGUCAUGACCAGUCAUGCUGGCAACAUCGACAAUAGGACCAAUGCUAUCAUUGAACACAUUUCUGAUCAGUUGGAGAAUGAGUACACAUUGCCAGAAGUAUCCCGCAUUCUGGAAGCUCAUAUGGACGUCGCCGAACAACGGUGGAGAGCUGGCGAGUACGUACCAUUCGUUCCCAGCAGCCCGCCAGAAUCAGUUCACGACGGCAACGAUGAUAACGAAGCUACACUCAUCCCAAGCCACAACACUUCUUUGUCCUUAGAAGAUACACUUACAGAUGAGAAUGUAAACAAAAUGGCAGCUAUUGUUGAAGAUGAUUCAGGAAUUGGUAACGAUACUACUUUGAGUGAUACUACAGAGGUUAACGAUAAGAGUGUCGAUGGAAAUGAUAAGGUUCAGAGCGCUAAUGUUCGUGAAAGCACGCCACGCAAUAAAGACACCAAGGAUGGUAAGGCCAGAGUUCUACAAGUUAUGAGUAGUGAUAUUGCGUCUGGUUCAGGAGAUGCAUCCUUUUCUAACUAUAAAGACCUUGAUAAAACUAUUGACAAUGAUGGAAAUGAAAUUGUAGACAACGAUGGAGAACUAGAUGAUUCGAAGAUUUACGAAUCAGUGCUCGGUGAUGAUAACUUUAUCAAUGACGUGUCGACUGAUGAUAUAUUUGAAGACUGUGUUGAUGACAUACCGGCUGCCGAAGAGGGUAACAAGGAUGGUGAUGAAGCCCAGUUCAAUAGAGUAGAACAGAAUUACUCUUUAGAAAUGAAGUUGGCUUUAGGGAUUGAAGAUGGGAAAAUGUAGAUUUUGACUUAGUACCAAGUAACUCUGCACAGCUUGAAGAUUUGUUAUGUAUGUGUUGUGGGUAUGUGUGUGUGUUUUUACCCACUUAGGGAAGUUUUGCCAUGGUUGUGGGUUUCUUAAUUAAUGAAGCACCAGUCUUCGUGUGCAUUUGAUCUUAUAAUAAUUGUGUGGUAUUUUAGGUCACAAGUUCUUAUUCUAGUUAAAUUAUCCCUUUAUUGUAGGUUGUUAUUAUUUCGUUUCCUUUUAUUUUCUUUAAGAAAUUAUGUUGUUUUGUUCAAUGUUUUUUAUUUGGCUAUGUUCUUGCACAUAGCAGUUAGUUUACCAAAUGUCUUGACUGUCUUGAAUUUAGUUGUGGGAAGUGGUGACGUCCUUAGAUGCUAAUGCGUUACUAAGUUCGGAUUGGACAAGAUAUUUGGCGCGAAUCAUUAGUGUCUCAAUAAAUUAAUUAAAUAUUAA